GUUUUAGGGGGAAGAUAUGGGAGAUUAAUAAAAUGGGACAAAAUGAAAGGAUAAGUUAAGCAGAAAAGGACUUUAAUGAUGUCAAGAUUUGGUCCUAUUCUUUGGGGCGUGAAGAGAUUGUCAGCACAAGAAAUAAUGAUGUUCUUAUUGACUACCAGAUGGGCAAACUUCCAGAGUCUAAUGAAGCAAAUAAGCUGAUUCUCAACAUGCCAGGUUCUCGAGAAGAUUAUGAUCAGAAGACUAUUGGAGAAACUAUUUAUUUAGUCCUCAAGAAGACUUCUGUUAAUAAGUUUAACGAAGAAAUUAAGAAAUUGGAACAAAAGGAAAAUAGAGACCCCAAUGAAGAGGAAGAGUUAAAUGAUCUUAAAGAAAGAAUGAAGAACUCUAAAUGGGUUAAGAAUAGGUACAAUAAGGCCUAGAUUAGUAAAAGCUGAACUUUUGAGAGUGCAUUAAUUUUCAAGAUUUUUAUAUUUUCA